AGCCAAGUGGGUCCCACCAAAUGUAUUAUCUCCUCAUACGCCACCCUUUUUUUUGUUGAGAAUACCCAAUUUGUAUACAAAAUUGCCCGUGUGGGUCCACCGCCAACGCCUUUCGCCGUCCACAAUUACCCAAUCACAGCAAACCUAACAAAACACACAAUUCUCCCAUCAACAACUUCGCCGGCAACCGGUUACCGGCGAGGCCGUACCUUCUCCUGUAGAUCUAGAUUCUAGAAACUUCGUAAAAAUUAUCAAUUUUCAAAAUCUCCUAGUCUAGAGAUUCUAGAACAACAUAACCAGUGUAAUCUUCGUGAAAAUUAUCAUUCUGCAAAUCUCUGAGUCUAGAGAUUCUAGAACAAUAACAACAACAUAUCCAGUGUAAGCUUCGUAAAAAUUAUCAAUUUGCGAAUCUCUGAGUCUAGAUUCUAGAACAACAACAGCAUAUCCAGUGUAAAACUUCGUGAAAAUUAUCAAUUUAUCAAUCUCCGAGUCUAGAUUCUAGAAGCUUCGUUGAAAAUUAUCAAUUUGCUAAAUCUCCGAGUCUAGAGAUUCUAGAAGCUUCCUGUAAAUUAUCAAUCUCCGAGUCUAGAUUAGAGAAGUUUCUUGUAAAUUAUCAAUAUCCGGUCCGUCUAAAUUCUAGAAGCUUCCUGUAAAUUAUCAAUCUCCGAGCCUAGAUUAGAAGCUUCGAGAAAAUUGUCUAUCUCCGAGUCUAGAUUAGAAGCUUCGUGAAAAUUAUCGAUCUCCGGUCCGUCUAAAUUCUAGAAGCUUCCUGUGAAUUAGCAAUCUCCGAGCCUAGAUUAGAAGCCUCGUGAAAAUUAUCAAUCUCCGAGUCUAGAUUAGAAGCUUCGUGAAAAUUAUCGAUCUCCGGUCCGUCUAAAUUCUAGAAGCUUCCUGUGAAUUAGCAAUCUCCGAGCCUAGAUUAGAAGCCUCGUGAAAAUUAUCAAUCUCCAAGCCUAGAUUAGAAGCUUCGAGAAAAUUAUCUAUCUACGAGUCUAGAUUCUAGAAGCUUCGUGAAAAUUAUCAAUCUCCGAGCCUAGAUUAGAAGCUUCGAGAAAAUUACUAUCAAUCUCCGAGUUUAGAUUCUAGAAAGUUCGUGAAAAUUAUCUUAUCAAAUGAACGAAGUGCUUACAGCAUCCGAUGCAUCUUCAAGUGCGCGGUCAUAUUCAUCGGCAAUUUCACCUGCAAAUGUACCUCUCAUUUCAGCAUUCCUUGCUUGUGGUAUUGCUCAAUUUCUCAAGCUCUUCACUACCUGGUAUAAGGAGAAGAGAUGGGAUUCAAAAAGGAUGCUUAGCUCUGGUGGAAUGCCAUCAUCACAUUCAGCAACUGUUACUGCACUGGUAACAGCAAUUUAUUUACAAGAAGGUGCUGGAGGAUCCGCUUUUGCGAUUGCUGUGGUUUUGGCAUGUGUUGUAAUGUAUGAUGCUACUGGUGUUAGGCUUCAUGCUGGUCGCCAAGCUGAGUUGUUGAAUCAGAUAGUGUGUGAAUUGCCUCCUGAGCAUCCUGUGGCCAAUGUUAGACCUCUGCGAGAUUCGCUUGGUCACACUCCCCUUCAGGUUCUUGCUGGUGCGGUGCUGGGAUGUGUAGUGCCAUAUUUGCUGAGAAGUUCAAUCUAGAGUUUAACUUUAUCAUCUCCCUUCAAAUACUCAGUAAAUAUUGAAACGUUCCCAACCUAUUAAAGCUGGAAUCGACAUCACUACCAAGCCACACCAGAUAACCAGGGAGAAUUUCAUGUGAAUUUAUCCUUUCUUCACCUUGUUGGCAAAGAGGAAAAGAAGAUGGAAAAGUGGGGUGAUGGGAAAUGGUGUGUACUGUUCGUGACUUUGACUCAGUUAAUCACCUGUACUUGUUUGUUUUAUAUUCAACUUGCAACUUGCAAGCCAUUUUUUUCUAAUUGCUGAAUAGCUGGGUUACUUAGGGAUCAAUCAUCAAAAUUAUCUUUGACACAAAAACGACAGUACUGUCGGUAUAUGUCACAACUUUCAUUUGUCUGCGUGUGGAUAUUUUCUAUUCAGAUCUUUAGAUGUUAAGAAGGGCACGUUUCAAAUUCA